GAGGACAGGGCUUAUUGUCUCUUGGGCAUAUUUAACGUCUUUAUGCCGCUCAUGUACGGCGAAGGGGACUAUGCAUUCACUCGCCUGCGAGAACAUAUUGACAAAGGCUAUGUCGAGGAUGCAGCGCUAGAUGAAACCCUCUCGGCGCUCCCUGUGGCCUCGGAAGCGGCAUUCAACUCGUUCAACAAGCAGCAUGAGCCAACGUGUCUCCCGAAUACCAGAACUGAACUCCUGCAUGACAUCGCACAAUGGACUGAUGGCCUUGAUGACAAGUGUAUCUACUGGCUGAGCGGGAUAGCUGGUACGGGAAAAUCAACAGUAGCACGCACUGUUGCAAGAAGGUGCCACGAACGAGGCAGACUGGGGGCCAGCUUCUUUUUCUCCAAGGGAGGCGGUGAUCUCAACAAUGCCACCAAGCUGGUCACGACUAUUGCCCGACAACUGGCAACGGCAAUACCGGCGACAAAAAGACACAUUUGUGAGGCCAUCAUGAGGCAAAAACACAUUGCGGAGCACUCCUACUGGGAUCAAUGGGAUCAAUUGAUCAUAGGCCCCCUUUCUCAGCUCCAUGGCCACUCCUCCCCACCCACCAUCGUUAUUGUGGCUGACGCCUUAGAUGAGUGCGAGAGCGAGAGGGAUAUCCGAGCCCUCCUGCGGGUCUUUCCCACCGCUCGGUCGCUCACCAAGGUUCGGCUGCGGCUACUGUUGACCAGCCGACCAGAGAUAGCCAUCCGCCAUAGUCUCGGGGGGAUACCGGACGCGGAACGUGAGAUCUUCGCCCUCCACGAAAUCUCACCCGAUCUCGUCAACCGCGAUCUCAGUCUCUUCUUCGAGAGUAACUUCUCCGCCAUCAGAGAAGAACGUGGCCUCGACCAAGACUGGCCCGGCAAGCGCGUAAUUGAACGGCUCGUCGAGAUUUCGUGUGGCCUGUUCAUCUGGGCCUCGAUCGCGUGCCGUUUUAUCCGCGAGGGCAGGCGGCUUACAAUGAGGCGGGUCUCCAUACUGCUCGAUGGGCAUCGCACUGAUGCAGGCCCGGAGAAGCAGCUGGACCAAAUAUACACGGACGUCAUCCGUGAUUCCAUUCGCAAAGACUACAACUACGAAGAGAAGGCGGAGAUUUGCAUCAUACUUCGUGAGGUACUAGGAAGCAUCGUUGUUCUCGCCGCACCUCUGUCCAUGCUCUCGCUGGCCAGCUUGCUCGGCAUGCCCCUGAGUGAUAUAAAGGAGACGCUACUCGAUCUGCACACCAUCUUUCACAUCCCCAGUCAGCCGACCUGGCCCAUCCGCUUACAUCACCCAACAUUCCGUGACUUCCUUCUUGACGAGGAGCGGUGCGGAGACCUCGACUUUUCGGUCAACGAGAAACAGGCUCAUCGGGACCUUGCCGAAGGGUGUCUGAGGGUCAUGUCAAAGAUGCUCAAACGAGACAUCUGCGAACUCGGUUCGCCCGGGACACUGGUGAAGGAUGUGGACGCAGAACGAGUACGCCGCCACAUCCCCGACCACCUGCAGUACGCAUGCCUUUACUGGGUCCAACAUUACCGAUCAAGUGGCCUAGUUCUUUCCGACGAUGGCCAAGUCGCGACCCUUUUCCGGGAACAUUUCCUCCAUUGGGUCGAGGCUAUCUGCCUCAUGGGGAAGAGCUCCGAGAUGGGUGCAAUGAUACGACUCUACCAUUCUAUGCUCGAGGUAUGUUACCACAUUCGGCAACUGCCGUUUGUCAAAGAUGCCAGACGAUGGUUCUUUGCCUUUCAGAAUAUCAUCAAACAAGCGCCACUUCAAGUGUACGGCGCAGCCCUUGCCUUCGCCCGUCCGAACAACCGACUCAAGCAACAUUUCAGAGGUCAUAUGCACCCUUGGAUCAAGGACAUAUGGGUUGCUCCAGCUGAUGUCCGCGAGGCCAAAGACGAGUUCAACUACGUCAACGACCUAGCAUUCACACCCGACGGCAGACAGGUCGCCUCGGGGUCCAACACCGAAAUCGCCAGAUUGUGGGACGUGCCGUCCAAGAGCGCGCUGUGGAAAUUUGAGGGGCCGACUGACAAGGUCAGCUCGGUUUCCAUUUCGCCAGACGGAACCCUCAUCGCCGCGGGGUCGGAUGAUUUCGGUGUCAUGGUAUGGGACUUGAACACGAGGGCGGUGCGUUAUGCCCUCCGCAAGGCCCAUUCCCGCUGGGUCAACUCGGUCGCCUUUUCACCGGACGGCAAGGUCCUGGCGUCCGGGUCGAUGGAUGAAACGGUGGCGCUGUGGGACGCCGCAACGGGGAGUGAGCUCAGGAGGUUUGACAAUCAGUCCAGUUGUGUAAACACGGCCGCGUUUUCUCCCGACGGUUCCCUGAUCGCAACCGGGUCUGUUGAUCAGAUGAUACGGGUUUGGGAUGUUUCGGGGGAGUCAGAACAACUCUGCAUGGUGCUCGACGGCCAUCUAGGCUGCAUCAACUGCGUCAGGUUCUCGCCGACUGGAGAGCGGCUUGUCUCUGGGUCGGAUGAUAUGACGGUCAGAGUGUGGGACCUUGCGACCAAGACCGAGCUCAUGUCGAUGAGCGGGCACACAAAGAAGGUUAUGGCCGUCACAUUCUCCCUGGAUGCUCAACUAAUCGUGUCUGGGGCGGAAGAUAUGACCGUCCGCGUUUGGGAUGCGUCCAACGGCACUGCUCUGCACACGCUCAAGGGGCAUACCAGUGGCAUCAACGCGGUUGUAUUCUCCCCAAGUGGCACACUUCUUGCAUCUGCAUCGUUUGACGAUGACAUGCGGCUAUGGGAUGCAGAGACCUUCGCUCCAUGUGGACAGCUCGAAGACUUCGAUUUCAAAGCACAUUCGAGUUCGGUCACUUUCAUGACCUUUUCUCCAGAUGGCCGCUUCCUAGCUUCCGGUUCGGAAGACGGCGCUGUCAAGCUGUGGCCCAAAGACGGCGGAGGCAAGAAUCUCGCCCUUCGAGGCCACCGUUCCCGCAUUCACCACCUUGCCUUCUCCCCCUGUGGUCGUGUCAUGGCGUCAGCGUCGUCCGACAAAACCGUUAGCGUCUGGGACACCGCAACCGGAACGAAACUGCACACGCUCGUUGGCCAUUCGGCCGGCGUGUUCCGCGUCCUCUUUUCACCCGACGGCGAGCUCCUAGCUUCGUGCUCGGCUGACACGACAACCCGGAUCUGGGACGUAGAGAGCGGGGCAGCGUUGGCUACCUUUGCAGCCCACCAGGGCGUAGUCACAGAUCUUUGCUUCUCACCGGACGGUCUAUCCCUUGCCUCCUGCUCGGCAGACACGACCGUCGUUGUGUGGUGUUUUGAGUCAGGGGCUGCCCGUGCUGUCCUCCAGGGCCACUUGGCCCAGGUGAACUCUGUGGCGUUCUCGUAUGGGGAAGGCGAGCUUCUUGCGUCUUGUUCCGAGGAUGCCACCAUUCGGGUGUGGGACUGGCGGCAGGGGGCGACCGUCCGGGUGAUCAAGGGGGAACAGCCAAUCAAGUGCGUGUCGUUUUCGCGAGACUGUACGUUGCUGGUCUCUGCCUUGGCUGAUGGAAGGGUUGGGAUUUGGGAAUGCGAAACGGGUUUGUCCAAGGGCUUAGUCGAGACUGGCGUCGUGGUUCGAAGGGUCUGCUUCUCGGAUGACGGCCGAUACGUCCAUACGGACCACGGGACAUUAGACACAAGUUCCUUCCCCCUCGAUGGUCGCCCGUCCUCUUCCUUUGUUUGCUCUACACCCCCAUGCUCUUCUCGUACUGUUUUUGCGACCUCAAACUGGGUAAAGAGAGAUGAGGAGAACCUGAUAUGGGUUCCUGAUGAGUAUGCUGCCAGUGCUGUGGCUGCUUGUGAUGGGUCUGUUGCUAUGGGACACUCAUCUGGUGCGGUUUCGGUAAUAUCUGUCGAUGAAGCUUAGGAUCUAAUGUUAUGGUAAUAGCGUUGCGUUCAAUUGUAAUGGAAUGACUGGGACCCAGCGUCAUGGGUCUCCAUCAGCCUUCGCUGGAA